UGAUGCUCACUUACUUUCAGGAAACAGUGAAGGUGCCAUUUGGAACAAAGCACCUGGAUGCUGCCUUGUGUUUCCCUUCCUCAGUAACAGAUGUUCACACGGCCGUCAUUCUCACACAUGGGGCUGGUGGCGACAUGAACUUCAAACAUCUGGUUUCUCUUGCACAUGCCUUAGCUUCAGAUGGUUUCUUCUGUCUCCGUUUCACAUGCAAAGCUUUAAACCUGGGUUAUAGAGUAAAGGCUUACCGUGCUGUGUUGGAAUACCUGAAAUCUCAACAGAAGUUUGCCAUAAAGCACAUUUUUGUCGGAGGCAGGUCGAUGGGAUGUCGUGCUGCUGCAGCUUUAGCUAGGCAGCUGAGUGAUGAAUCUGAGGACGCGGUGCAGGGUGUCAUCUGCCUGUCUUUCCCCCUGCACCCCCCGGGACAGAAACACGUGCAUCAGCAACGGAGCGAAGAUCUCAGAGGCCUUCUUGAACACAUGUCUGUGCUGUGUGUGUCCGGCACUGAGGACAACAUGUGUGACAGGGUCCUUUUUGAAGGCAUGGUUAAAGAAAUGAAAGCUCAAGUGGAGGUUUUCUGGCUGAAAGGAGGCAGCCAUGGACUGACAGUGAAGGGAAGGCCGGAGGAGUCUGUCUUAGAGGAAGUGAAUUUACAAGUCAUCUCCUGGAUGAAUAAGCAGGCAGCGUAAUUACUUUCAGUUAUCAGAUAUUUCUGUGGUUUGUCAUUUAUUUUUCUACUAGUUUAAUAAAGAAUAUAUAUUUUUACACAA